AUGGCCGACCAUCUCUUCGUGUUCGCCAACAACAAGGCCGGCAUGGACGGCGUCGACCGCUCCAAGGUCAACGAGACCAUCUACGAGCUCUCCAAGGACUCGGCCUUUUUCAAAAACUCGCUCGAGAAAGACGCCAAGACCGACGCGCGCAUCGCCGAGCUCCGUCGUCGCCUCGAAAGCAAGCGCCGACACGACCUCCACGAGACCGUCGACGCACUCGUCGCCGACCUCGAGGCCAAGCGGUGCCUCAGCCGCGUCCACGUUGUCGUCGACAUGGAUAUGUUCUUCGCGGCCGUCGAGAUGCGCGAUCGGCCCGAGCUCGCGCACGUCCCGAUGGCGGUCGGGGGCAUGGGCAUGAUCAGCACGGCCAACUACGAGGCGCGCAAGUUUGGCGUCCGCGCCGCGAUGCCAGGCUUUAUUGGCAAGAAACUCUGCCCGGAGCUUGUCUUUGUACCACCGGAUAUGGCCAAGUACGCGGCGGUCGCGGAGGUCACUCGGCGCAUCUUUGCAGAGUACGACCCGCAGUUUGCAGCCGCGAGCAUGGACGAAGCCUACUUGGACAUCACCGACGUGUGUUUGGCCCGCGGUGCUGUGGACACGGCAAGCAUGGAGGCAGCGGCUGCGGCUGUCACGGCCGAGAUGCGUCAGCGCAUUUUGGAGACGACCAAGCUCACUGCGAGCGCCGGUAUUGCCACCAACGCCAAGCUGGCCAAGGUCUGCUCGGACAUCAACAAGCCUAACGGACAGUUCACGCGCGACGCGCUGGUGAAAUUCAUUGAGAACCUCCCGAUCCGCAAGCUCGGUGGCAUUGGCAAGGUGCGGGAGAAGGAGCUUGCCGCGCUAGGCAUUCACACGGGCCUCGACCUCUUCAACGCGCGCUACGACGUGUUUCACAUUCACUCCGAGACCACAGCGCGCUGGCUCCUCGAGAUUUCCAUGGGGGUCUACGAAGGCGCGGGCGGCGACGAGCGCAAGAGCGUCAGUCGCGAGUCGACGUUUACCGCCACCGCGUCGUUGCCGGCGCUCAAGAGCAUUUGCAAGGACAUUGUGCAGCACGUCAAAGCCGACCUUCUAAGCGAGCGCGUGACGGGGCUCUGCGUGACGCUCAAGCUCAAGACCGAGGCCUUCCACGUCCGGACGCGUGCGUUUACGAGCAAAAUGAGCGUCGAGCCGACCUUGCUUGACCUCGCGUGCAUGCUCCUCGAGCGCGAAGUGCGUCACGACCAAAAGACCAUCAAGCCACCGCCGCGCUACCGGCUCAUGGGCCUUCGCAUCUCCAAGCUGCAGGAGCGCGAUGCGAGCUGCGACGUGGCCGCGACGAGCCAGCUGCGGCUCGAGGAAACGCUGUUUAAGCCACCGCCCGAGGCAACCUGCCCCGUAUGUGCGUCCAUCGUGCCGCGCGCGCAGCUCCAGCGACACAUCCAAGGAUGUCCCGCGUUCGUUCGCUGUGGAUGUGCCCAUGCCAUCAUCAUCAUCAUCAUCAUCAUCGCCACCAACGAAAAGAAGAAAAGGUCCUUCUUUCCAGACCCACCGAUUCUCACGUCGUCCCGAUGCCCUGUCUGCAACGAGCCGACGGCGUCUAAUGUGCUGGCGACGCAUGUCGAGGCCUGCGUCACAAGUUCACCAAGCAGCAGCAAACCAUUAACUCCCGGCGAGACGUUGACGGCGUGUCCGAUCUGCGGACAGUCGUUUGAGUCGCAGAGCCCUGCGUGGAUGAAUAGGCACAUUGAAGCCUGCCUCACGACCGAAAGACCGAUGCCACAACCGCCGCCGACGGCCGCUCGCCAUCGUGUCCUGUGUGCAGCGCGCCGUUGGACUCGGCGAGUACCCAGGCCGUGA